AUGGCUGCACAGCUGGAUCCCGGUCUCCAAGACAAGCUCGACGAGCUAGAGAAAGAAUUGGAGGAAGGCGACAUCACAGAGAAAGGCUACCAGAAACGCCGCACACAACUUCUUUCCAGCUUCUUUGGCCCAGGCGCGCAACCAGGCAUCAUCGAUCCGAGAACAGGCUUGGGCAUUCAGCCCCGGCAACAAGCAGAGCCCGACCACGGCAGCAACGAUGGCCAUCGAGCUGCCGCACUCGCAGCCCUUGGUGGCAGGGACUCUGAUCCGACGAGUCCGACAUCACCAAGCCAGCGUCCAGCCUCACCGUUCGGUCAGCGUCCCGGUUCUGGCUACGCCUCUCCCGCCGAAGUGAGCCCCGCCGGGUUGCUUCGUCCCGGCGGGCCACUCGCUGAACACCGACCGACGAUGCGAGCCCACGAUUCUCUCUUCCUCUCCCCCGCACCCGAACCAUCCACACGAACAGGCACCAUGGUGUCGGGCGACUAUGCGUUCAACCCCGACCAGCAGGACGCAUACGACAACCAGGCCGGCUACGCAGACCAAGGCCCGUAUCAAGAUCAGUACCAAGACCAAUACCAGCCGCAGUACGACAGCAGAUCAGGGACCAUGCUCGACUCGACGGGCUAUUUCUCUGGGUUCACUGGCCAGCAGGCCUUUGACCAUGGCCCGGCGCCGCCAUCGCGCGGCGAUGACUACCCCCCUCACCCCCACCGGUACUCCUCGGGCGAAGCCUUCUCUCCGACGGCAGCAAUGGCACCGCCCCUAUUGACGGCGAACGACCUGCCGCCCCCAGAAGGUCUCGAGUACCAGAUGCCUCUCGAGCCGAGAGAGGUUCCGUUUGCCAUCCAUGACCCUCACGAUGCCAACACGCCAAUGUCAAAGUUUGACAACAUUGCUGCUGUCCUGCGCCACCGCGGCCGUACAGCUUCCAAGAUGCCUGCUUAUUGGGUCUUGGACAACAGGGGCAAGGAGAUGGCAUCCAUCACUUGGGACAAGCUCGCCUCGAGGGCUGAAAAGGUCGCGCAGGUCAUCCGUGACAAAAGCUCGCUAUACCGAGGAGAUCGCGUCGCCCUCAUCUAUCGUGAUUCCGAAAUCAUCGACUUCGCGAUUGCGCUGCUGGGAUGCUUCAUAGCUGGUGUCGUCGCGGUCCCCAUCAAUGACCUGCAGGACUACCAGAAGCUCAACCUGAUCCUCACAUCAACGCAAGCGCACCUCGCCCUGACCACAGAUCAGAACUUGAAGGCGUUCCAGCGUGACAUCACCACUCAGAAGCUUAACUGGCCUAAGGGGGUGGAAUGGUGGAAGACGAACGAAUUCGGAAGCUACCAUCCUAAGCGCAAGGAGGAUGUUCCGCCAUUGACUGUUCCCGACUUGGCAUACAUAGAAUUCUCGAGGGCCCCAACAGGCGAUUUGAGGGGUGUUGUGCUCAGCCACCGCACCAUCAUGCACCAAAUGGCUUGCAUGAGCGCCAUCGUGUCUACGCUUCCCGGCAACGGACCUGGCGACACGUUCAACCGCCAUCUCCGGGACAAGAAUGGGAAACUGAUCGGCGCAGGCGCUGCCAGCGAGACGCUUCUUUCUUACCUCGAUCCGCGACAGGGCAUCGGCAUGAUUCUCGGCGUUCUCUUGACUGUCUACGGUGGCCACACCACCGUCUGGGUGGACAGCAAGGUGGCCGAGGUCCCUGGCCUGUACGCAAACCUCAUCACCAAGUACAAGGCCACAAUUCUUGUCGCGGACUACCCAGGCCUGAAGCGCGCCGCAUACAACUAUCAACAAGAUCCAAUGACCACUCGAAACUUCAAGAAGGGCAUGGAACCCAACUUUCAGACGGUCAAGAUUUGCCUGAUCGAUACCUUGACCGUCGACAGCGAGUUCCAUGAAGUACUGGCUGAUAGAUGGCUGAAGCCGCUGAGGAACCCUAGAGCCAGAGAGGUUGUCGCGCCCAUGUUGUGCCUCCCAGAGCAUGGCGGCAUGAUCAUAAGUAUCCGGGAUUGGCUCGGCGGCGAAGAAAGGAUGGGCUGUCCCUUGAAGUUGGAGCUUGGGUCAGAUGUCGACUCAGACACGGAAGAAAAGGAAGUGAAGCCGACUCCGUCGAAUGGCUUUGGCAGUCUCCUGGGCGGUGCAACAACUGCGACUGAGCAAAAGUCAAAGAAUGACCUGAGCUCGGUUCUGCUCGACAGAGAAGCCCUGAAGACCAACGAAGUCGUUGUGGUUGCUAUUGGGGACGAAGUAAACAAGAGAGUUAGCGACCCCGCGACAGUGCGUGUUGGUGCCUUUGGAUACCCCAUCCCAGAUGCUACGUUGGCCGUUGUGGACCCUGAGACCGGCUUACUGUCGUCUCCUCACUCGGUGGGCGAGAUCUGGGUUGAUUCGCCAUCCCUAUCUGGUGGAUUUUGGGCACUGCCAAAGCACACCGAGCAGAUCUUCCAUGCUCGUCCCUACAAAUUUGAGCCUGGCGAGCCAACGCCUACGGCAGUUGAGCCUGAGUUCUUGCGAACAGGUCUCCUAGGUACCGUCAUCGAAGGCAAAGUCUUUAUUCUUGGCCUGUACGAAGACCGUAUCAGGCAAAAGGUGGAAUGGGUAGAGCACGGCACCGAGCUCGCCGAGCACAGAUAUUUCUUCGUCCAGCAUAUCGUUGUCAGCAUCGUCAAGAACGUUCCGAAGAUCUACGACUGUUCUGCCUUUGACGUUUUUGUCAACGAUGAGCACCUGCCAAUCGUCGUCCUCGAAUCACCAGCAGCAUCAACAGCUCCGUUAGCCUCUGGUCAGCCGCCGAGACAACUCGACACGCCACUAUUGGAAUCACUGGCUGAGCGAUGCAUUGACGUUCUCAUGCAAGAACACCACCUCCGCCUUUACUGCGUCAUGAUCACGGCGCCCAACUCUCUGCCCAGAGUGCUGAAGAACGGUCGUAGAGAGAUCGGCAACAUGCUCUGCCGGCGCGAGUUUGAUCUUGGCAAUCUGCCUUGUGUUCACGUCAAGUUUGGCGUUGAGCAUGCUGUCCUCAAUCUGCCCAUCGGCGUCGACCCAAUGGGUGGAAUCUGGUCCAACCUUGCCUCGGAAUCACGCGCGGACAUUUUGAUGCCGACCGACAAGCAGUACUCUGGUAUCGAUCGCCGAGAGGUCGUCAUUGAUGAUCGGACAUCGACCCCCCUGAACAACUUCUCCUGUAUCACCGAUCUCAUUCAGUGGCGAGUCGCACGACAGCCUGAGGAGCUGUCGUACUGCACCAUCGAUGGACGCAGCAGGGAAGGCAAGGGUAUCACCUGGAAGAAAUUCGAUACCAAGGUCGCAGCUGUGGCGUUGUAUCUGAAGAACAAGGUCAAGGUUCGCCCGGGUGACCACAUCAUCAUGAUGUAUACGCAUUCGGAGGAGUUUGUCUUUGCGAUACACGCAUGUAUCAACCUUGGUGCUGUCGUCAUUCCCAUGGCGCCAUUGGAUCAGAACCGUCUCAAUGAAGAUGUCCCGGCGUUCCUCCACGUUGUAUCCGACUACAACGUCAAGGCCUGUCUUGUCAAUCAAGAUGUGGACCACCUCAUCAAGAUGAAGAACGUGGCGAGCCACAUCAAGCAGUCGGCACAGAUCCUCAAAAUCCCCAUCCCCAACUACUUCAACACCACGAAACCUCCAAAACAAAACAGCGGUCUCCGAGACUUGGGGAUCACGAUGCAGCCAGCCUGGAUCCAGCCGGGCUACCCCGUCAUUAUCUGGACGUACUGGACUCCUGACCAGCGGCGAAUUUCAGUUCAACUUGGUCAUGACACGAUCCUUGGCAUGUGCAAAGUCCAGAAAGAGACCUGUCAAAUGACGAGCUCCCGCCCUGUGCUUGGCUGUGUUCGCAGCACGACUGGUCUAGGGUUCAUCCACACGUGCUUGAUGGGCAUCUACAUUGGCACUCCAACCUACCUUCUCUCGCCGGUCGAGUUUGCGCAGAAUCCCAUGUCACUCUUCGUCAUCCUUUCGAGGUAUAAGAUUAAGGACACGUACGCAACACCUCAAAUGCUGGACCACGCCAUGGCUAUGACGCAGGGCAAGGGCUUCACGCUCCACGAGCUCAAGAAUAUGAUGAUCUCGGCAGACAGUCGCCCCCGCGUCGAUGUGUUCCAGAAAGUGCGUCUCCACUUCGCAGCUGCUGGACUCGACAGGACAGCCAUCAACACUGUGUACUCACACGUGCUGAAUCCCAUGGUGGCCUCGCGGUCAUACAUGUGUAUUGAGCCGAUCGAAUUGUGGCUCGACACCAAGGCGUUGCGACGCGGCCUCAUCAUUCCCGUGGACCCAGACUCGGAACCGAAACCGUUGAUGAUCCAAGACUCUGGCAUGGUGCCUGUCUCAACGCAGAUCGCCAUUGUCAACCCCGAGAGUCGCAUGCUGUGCCAUGACGGCGAGUACGGCGAGAUUUGGGUAGACUCGGAGGCAUGCGUCAAGUCAUUCUAUGGAUCUAAGGAUGCCUUUGACGCAGAGCGUUUCGACGGCCGCACGCUCGAUGGUGACCCGAGCAUUCCCUACGUCCGCACCGGCGACCUCGGGUUCUUGCAUAACGUGAGCAGGCCUAUAGGACCUGGAGGUGCGCAGGUAGAUAUGCAAGUCCUAUUCGUGCUCGGGAACAUUGGAGAGACUUUCGAGAUCAACGGUCUCAGCCACUUCCCGAUGGAUAUUGAGUAUUCAGUCGAGCGCUGUCAUCGUAGCAUCGUACCGAGCGGAUGCGCCGUUUUCCAGGCUGGAGGUCUCGUAGUGGUCCUCGUGGAGGUGGCGCGUAAGUCGUACCUCGCCUCUAUCGUGCCAGUCAUCGUCAAUGCUAUCCUCAACGAGCACCAAAUCAUCGUUGAUAUUGUCGCUUUCGUCGGCAAGGGCGAGUUCCCUCGCUCGCGUCUCGGCGAGAAGCAGCGAGGAAAGAUCCUGGCUGGCUGGGUGACGCGUAAGUUGCGUACUAUGGCUCAAUUCGCCAUUCGCGACAUGGAUCCAUCUGAAAUGGGCGGCGAGUCGGGCACCGCAGACUCUGCUGACCCUAACCGUGCUUCGGUCGUCAGUCAACGCAGCUCGGGCGUCCCAGCAGCGGGGGCCUCGAGUCUUCGCAACGUUGAGCAUGCGCCGCAAAUCCUGGAACAGGAGGAGUUUGAGCAGCAGAUGGGCCACAUUGCAUCAAUGCCGCCGGCUGAGAUGCCCGGCGACCAGCGCCAGGCAUACGCGCCGACGCAAUCGUCCAGCGACUCGCAGACCGCCCGUGGCCAGCCCUCACUCUCAGGCAGCGGCCACGCCGGGCAGUAUGGCUCGGGUGACUAUGCACAAUAUGGCGAGGAGGUGCCACCGGCUGUGGCACCCAAGCCGGGCGCACACGGAGGUGUCGGGCCGCCGCAGCUCCGGCUCCCAGGCGUCGACGGGCGCGAGAGCAUGGAGCUCUGGCGCAAGGGCAAUGAAGGGCCCACUGAUGAGGAAGACUGGACCCGGGAUGCGAUCAUGCACAUGAACCUGGCCAACGAUAUGGAUCGGCGGCAGUAA